UCUUAAGCGAGCGGCAUUUUUUCAUCCAAUUAUUAGUUAAGGAACGGCUACAUUGAUUGUUGAUUAUCAUUAUUUUCUCUGUAGCUAUAAUAAUUUAAAUGGAUGCUAUACCGUCGCAGCUUUUCGCUCUAUUCAUUGAGCAAGGGAUAGAAAAAGGACUAUUGAAAAAAGUCACUAAAACACUCAAUGAGCAACAAUAUUUGCAUUACGAGUACAUCGAUGACACAAUCCUCAAGUUAAUAGAUUCAGCUGGAAAAAUUACGGUUGAAGAGUUAGCAGAAUCUUUACGUUUGGAACACGCAGAUGUAGCCGCGUCAAUCAAAAGAGCUUCGCCAGAUUUGCAACAAUGGACUAUAAUUGAAGAUCUCGUGUUCACAAAAAAGUAUAUUGAAAAAAUCAAGGAGACAAUUAUGAAGCAAAUUGCUCAGAAAGGAUAUGUCUCUGUUAUAACUCAAGCACAAGAAAAUAAGCUUCCAUAUGCACUGAUUAAAUCUUUAAUAGACUCUUUGAAUAAUGAAAAAUACAUUCGGUAUUCUCAAUUGAAAGAUAUUAUGUUUACAAAAGAAUUUAUUCGAUCAAUCAAAUCGGCCAUGAUUAAUUCUUUGAAGUUGAUAGACGAACCGACACCUGUCAGCCGACUUCAGAAACAGCAUCAGACAGCCCCUGAAGAUCUCUUUUACUUAAUUUUAGAGCAGAUUGUUAAAGAGGAUGAACCUUCCUUGGGACUAUUAAGAGGAAAGAGAAACAGAGCAAUAUUUGAGCCAGAAGAAUACAAAGAAAGGCAGGUGCUGCUCAUAAAAUCAGUCUUUGAUUCGAACGAAUGUAUCAGUUACAAGAGUAUUGAGGAACUUUAUCCCUUUACUGACCCUAUUGAUUUCAUGAAAGAAAACUACAAUGAGAAAGCUUGUAUGUUUUUAAACUCAUGUGUCGUCAAAACAGAAGUUAAAGACAGAGCCAAAGCUACCAUUGAGAUUACCGACUCAUUCUAUGCUGUCAAUGAGUUGUUUCCUACCGAUUUCACCGUAGACGAUACCAAUAAAAUGAUCGAUAUCAUAAUGGACGAAAUAAGAACGAAUGAUAGUAAAGAAAAGCCAUCUGAACUACUGGUUUUGGAUAAUGGCUAUGUUGUAGCUGCAGAGUAUGUCGAGAAGCUUGUAUCUGAAAGCCGGUCAUAUUUGCGUGAUUUAUCGCGUAGUGUUAGGCAAAGGACUCACAAACAACAGAAAGAAGAUUCCCGCCUAAAGAAUACAGAUAUCGUGAAAGCUUUUGAGAAUGCAGGAUGCCCGAACUCAGUUGCUAAGGGCUUGAUACCUCAUACGCAGAAACAAAUGGUUAGUUACUAUAACGAACUUUUGAAGACACCAUACUUCGAAACGAAGGAGAUAUUAUCCAACGACGAGUGGAUCAAUACUCACAAACGACUCCUAAUAAAAAAACUUACCAAUAUUCGUCAAUGCAUCUAUUAUAACUACAAAGCAUUAUCGUUAUUCACAGACGAUGGUUCAGCUCACAAAAGUUUAGAAAAGUAUCUCUUGAAAAACCAAUGUACCGAUUUUCUUUUCCAUUUUGUGAUUUAUUCAGUUGUGUCACAGUCAUUUAGCAAAGACGAAGUAGCUGGAUCAUCUUCACUUUGCAUACAGCCAGAAAAUAUCGAAAACGAAGACAUUGUAGAUACAAAACAGCAAAAGAAUGUUAUUUCUCAUUUUCUUGAAGCGGACGAUCAUAAAUAUGAUAAGUCAAUGGUUACUGAAAUUGAAGGUUUACUAAAAAAGAAAGAUUUAAGCCAGUUUAUAACAAUUAUAAUAGGACGAGAUGGGCAGCAACUAUUCGAAAAUAAUGAUAUUUUGGGCUCAGAAGAAGACAAGGCAGGGGCUAAUGAGAUGAUACAAAGUCAGUUACAAAACCAAUUGCAGCAAGUAUCUACAAUAUCCCCAAGUACAGCGCCCCAAUUGCUACACUUAGUAUCUUUAAUCAUUUUCCAGUAUCUGUUCAAAAUGCCUCUGUACGUUUCAGGAAAAUUUGUACCUGCCAUUCUGAAAGUUAUAAUGGAAAAGAGUUCUCUAUCCAACGAAGAGGAUGGCCGGUUACUUAACGCAGCUCAUACAUCAAUUAUGAAUAAUGAUGUAGCAAAUCAUAUUGAAUGCUUUCAAAGAUUGAAACAACGUGCAAUAACCUAUAGGUGAUAGUUCGUAUUGUAUUUUGUUAAUUUACAAAAUAAACUUUUGUAUAACUGCCGGC